GGUGGUUGCUGGGAUAGGGGCGGACCGUGUAAUCUCGCUCCAGAAUGUCAUGGCGACUAACAUCGAACAGAUUUUCAGGGAUUUCGUGAUGAGUAAAAUUCGAGAAAUUGAAGACGAAGGACAGCACAGCAGUGAUAUACAGUCAAAUGGAAGGAUGAAUCCAGAACAAGAAAAUGAUGUUGCCAGUGGAGAAGUUAAUCCAACAGAACAGAAAGUGGAGAAAGUUCAGACUUUGACUACAGAUACACAGGGAAAUACACAGCCAGGACAUAAAAGUACUGCUGAGGUUAUGCCUAUUGGUGAAGAAAAGGGUAAUAAGGGUGAAGGUGAGACACCUCGUAAGAAAAACAAGAAGCAUAAAAAGCAUAAAAAUAAGAAAAAGAAGAAGAAGAAAAAGGAGGGAAAGAAGUCAAGGUCUAAUAGCAGCUCUGAAUCGGGAGCUGAAUCUGAUGUUGAAUUACGUUUACGCUCAAGCGUAAAGAAUGAUGGCCAGCCAAAUGCAGAGGCUGUUUCUGUUGUGAAACAAAAAAUUGGAAGUGACGCUGUUGCCACUGAAGACACGCCUGCCCUGCAGGCAGCACAGGCAGAGCCGAUGACACCAAAAAUGGAGCAUGUCCCACCUGGAACUGUAGAGGCACAAAAGAACGCAAAGCCAGAUCAAUUAUCUCAUGGAGAACAGAUUCAGAGUGAAGUCACCAAAAGUAAACCUAAGAAGCAAAAGAAGCAUGCCAGUAAGAAGAAGAAAAAGAAGAAAAAGAAAGAAGAAAAAGAAGAACUUGUUUCUCGUUCUAGAUCGGAGGAUACCUCAGGAUCUGGGACAGAGUCAGAGUCGGAAAGUAAACAUUCAAAAACCGUUCCACGUGAGGCUUCUGUGCAGACUGCCUACAAUUUAAAGGACACCAAUAUGCCUCUUGCUGAUUCUGUUCAGGCUGUGGAAAUUUGUAAACAAGAUGAGUUUGGGCCCAUCCCACCUCCAGCAACUGAUAACUUUUCCGUCCAUUCUUAUGAAAUCUUCCCAACAUCAAACACUGAUACCUAUCAAAAACAAGCAAGCAGUUUAUUAGGUGAACCUAUGAAUAUUACAGCGAGUGGUGAUGCAGUUGAUUUUACAACUUGUGGUGAGUUGGCUAAAACAGGUAAAACACAAGUAGAACAAGUUUUAAAUACCUGUGAAGAUGGAAAUAUUUUGGAUAAAAGUCACAUUGUUUCUAAAAUUGACCAUAAAGAGAUUAAGUUUGAAAAAGGUCACUCUGAAUCCCCACUGAAAGACUCGUCUUCUAUAUAUUCACCUCCAAAGGACAAUUAUAGCAGCUCUGCAAGCCAGAGCUGUGUUAAAAAUACUUCUGGUACCUCUCCAUUGAGGUCGUCCAGCUUAAGAAAAAGUGAGUCAUUGCCCAAGUCCAAAAGCAGAUUGUCAUCAUCAAGGUCUGACAAAAGCAAAUCAAAGUCAUUAUCUCCUUUAAAGGUGGGUGGAAGAUCAAAAUCUCCACCUCAUAAGAGGGCUAGACAUUCAAAAUCUCGAUCACGCUCAAGGUCUGUGUCACACAGACAAAUUAAGCAGAUACAAACUAGAUCUCAGGGUAGACGCAGGAUUUCAAAAUCAAGAUCUUUGUCUAAAACUAGAAGAUCUAAAUCUCGUUCUUUAACUAGAAUCCACCAAUCCAGGUCUAGAACUCCAAGACAUAACAAACGGUCAAAUUCAAGGUCCUUAGUGAGAACCAAACGUUCCAAAUCAAGGUCAGAUAAGAAAACUCGGAGAUCUGUGUCAAGAUCACCACGGCGAAAGAGAUCUACAUCACGUUCUCCUAAGCGGAAGAAAUCAAAAUCACAGUCUCCAAGACGUAAAAGAUCAGAAUCACGAUCUGUUAGACGAUGGAAGUCUAAAUCACGGUCACCAAGGCGUAGGAGGUCAGAGUCUCGCUCGUUAAGGAGGAGGAGGUCUAAGUCACGGUCACAGAGAAGAGGAAGGUCACGGUCUUCAAGGUGGAGGAGGAGUAAAUCACGAUCCGUAAGGAGGCGACGUUCAGAUUCCCGUUCUACAGGGCGAAAUCGAUCUAAAUCACACUCUGAAAGGAGGCACAGGUCUGCAUCACGUUCUGCAAGAAGACAUAGAUCUGCAUCACGCUCUACUAGAAGGCAUAGAUCAAAUUCACGCUCUGCACGGAGGCACAGGUCAAAAUCUCGUUCACCUAGGAGACACAGGUCUAAGAGUCACUCACCAAGGAGGCACCGGUCUAGGUCGCGAUCCCUGAGGAGGCACCGGUCUAGGUCGCGAUCCCUGAGGAGGCACCGGUCUAGGUCGCGGUCCCUGAGGAGGCGCAGGUCUAGAACACGAUCUUCAAGGAGGCACAAGUCUAAAUCUCGAUCUCCAAGAAGAAACCGUUCACGAUCACGUUCUGCACCACGGAGGAAUCGUUCUCGGUCACGCUCUGCACGGAGGAAUCGUUCUCGGUCACGUUCUGCAUGGAGGAAUCGUUCUCGGUCACGUUCCACUCGAAGAAACCGGUCUCGAUCUCACUCUCCAAGGAGAAACCGGUCACAGUCUCUCUCUCCACAGAGGAAAAAAUCUAGAUCACCCUCGCCUAAAAGGAAUAGAUCCAAGUCUAAAUCUCAAACACCUAAGCAAAAUACAGAGCCAAAGUCUAGAUCCCCCAAAAGGGACAAAUGCUCUGAAACUACAUCUCCUGCAAAAAAAUCAUCUAAAGGUAAAUCUACAGCAGAAAGCAGAAGACCAGAGAGCACAUCUUUGACUCAAGUUAGGCAAUCAAAAUCUCCCAAAAGAAAUGAAACUAAAUCUCAGUUUUCAAAUAGGAGUACAAACUCAAGAUCUAGAUCAUCUGAAAGGCAGGAAUAUUCCAAGUCGUGCCAUCCAGAAGGCUUGACUAAAUCCAUCUCUCCUAAAAGGACAGAAGAGGUGGAAAUGCCUCUUUCGAUUAAUUUUGCUGUAUCUGAAUGUGUAGAAACAUCUCCUUCAGUUAAUCAGGCUAAAUCUGAAUCACCUGCAACGCUUAUACCCAAGUCUCCGCUUUCUGAAAUGAAUUUGUUGAAAGAAAAAUCUCCAGAAAAGGAUCCUUGCUGCAAGUCCAUGUCUCCCGAUAGUAUGUAUGGUAUUGAGCCAGAUACAUUUUCCACAAUUGUGCCUCCUCCUUUGCAGGAUUCUAUAAGCGCACCCCCACCAUGUUCAGAAACUAUCUCAAACUUAGCAUUUCAGUGUGCAACUGCUGACCAGCAUUCUGAAGAAAAUCCCCAUUUGGUAAAGAAGCCUUCAGAAUUGGAAUCUUGCCUUGCUGCUGAUUGCGGCGUAUCACUAUUUUCACAGUCUGAAUUUCAUCCAGACUUGACACCUAGUGAUGUCAAAAUGCAGUCUCCAGAGACAACUGCAAUUCUGUCUAAGGAACAGAUACCAGAACCUAUUACAGCAGUAGAGGAUGUUGUUGAAUCAGUGUCCAUUUUAAAUGCGGACUAUUUGAAUCCUGAUUCUAUAAUACCAAAGGAUUCAUCUGCUUCAGUUUCACUAAUUAAUCCUGUCCCGUGUGUACCACUGGAAACAAAAACAGAACAUACAUUUCCAUCUCAAAUUCACUCAUGGCCUUUAUUUCCUCAAAGUAGUGUUUCUUCUCAACUUGAUUAUUCUGAAAAAUUUCCUAAAUCAAGUUCCACAGUAGGAGGAAAAUCUAAAUGUUCCAGUCGGAUCAACCCAGUAUUUCUUUCAACAGUUCAGGGAAGACUAAAAUUUGAUUUUGUUACCAAUCUUGAUUGCAAAUCUAAAAGCAAACAGGAACGCAGUUCCCAGCUGAAAACACCAAAAAUACCUGCAUCAAAACAAGAAUCGAAUGUAAGCAUGCCAAGUUCAGAUAUUCACUUGAAAUCGCAAUCAAGCACAGGGCAUUAUUCAUCUAGUAUUGUACCUGCCACAUAUGGUGUACAAUUAGAGCAUAAACCUGAUCUCCCCUUAUAUACAAAUUCUGUGGCAUUAAGCAUUUGUUCGAAUUCUAGCUCUCAAGCUGAAGCCCAGGUAGGGCCUCCCACCCAACCACAAAAAUUUUCUUCUGAACUUUGUCAGCCUUCUUUCAAAACAGAUAGAGACUCUAAAGUUGCAUCUACUGUUAAUGAAUCAUGUCUUAGUUGGAAGGAUAAUACAGACCGUAAAUAUAUGACUCCUGAAUCAACAUACUCCGUUGAGGCAGGAAUUGACAUAAAAAGCAUGAAUACCCAAAAGACAGGGAUAAAUUCUAUGGUACCUGAUGAAGAAAGAGGGACUUGUCUCUAUGAUGCAUAUGUGGAUCAUAUCGAUAAACCUCAUACUAAAGAAAGCUCUACUUCUUCAUUCAAAGUAGACAUUUCUAAAACAUCUGCCAUAGAUCAGAGACAAAACUCUCCAAAUAAAGCUAAUACCGACCCUGUAGUUUCUUCUCCUAGAAGAGAUGAGUGGACAUCUCCCACUAAGAAAAACACAGAUUCAAGUACAAUUUCUUCUAAUUUAAUGAAGUUCCCUUCUCCAAAUAAAGCAAGCGUAGAUUCAAAAGAUACAUCUCCGAGUAUUGAAAGAUGCCCAUCUCCCAUGAAGACAGACACAGAUUCUAAAGCAGUGUCUCCAGACAGAGAAAGAUGGGACUCUCUGUCCAAGGGUGGCACAGAUUCUAAAGGUGUCUCUCCUGUUAGGGAAAUGUGGACACCACCAUUCAGGACUUGCACAAAUUCUAAAGAUGUAUCACCAAGUCGCGAUAUCUGGCUGUUGCCCUACAAGACUGAUACAGAAUCUAAAGAUCCCACUUGCAUUACUUCUCCAAAUGAGGCAGACACAGAAUGUAAUGAUACCUUUGCCAGCAGAGAAAGAUGGACUUCAUUCUCAAAGAAUGAUGCAGAUUCUAAAGAUGUUUCUCCAAACAGAGACAAAUGGGAAUCUCCUACUAAAGUUGACACCAGUUGCAAAACAUCACCUCUCAGGCAAAGUUGGACUUCACCAUUCAAAACUGACACAUAUUCCAAAGAGAUCUCUCCCUGCAGGGAAAUAUGGGCAUCCCCGUCCAAGACUGAUACAGAUUCUAAAGAUAUGUGUCUUAUAAGGGAGAGGUGGGAAUCUCCUUCAAAGACAGACACAGAUUCCAAAGAAAUAUCUCCUGUUAGAGAAAGCUGGACAAGUCCUUUAAGGACGGACACAGACUCAAAAGAUAUGUCAUCAGUUGGUGAGCGAUUGUCACCAUACAGAACAGAUAAUGAUUCCAAAGGUGUGUCUCCUGUUGAAGAAAGAUGGGCAUCUCCCUUCAGGUCUGAUAUAGAUCCUAAAAGUUUAUCUUCUGUUGAAGAACGAUAUAUGUCUCCUUGUAGAACAGAUGUUUAUUUCAAAGAUGCAUCUCCGUACACUGAUGAUUCUAAGGAUAUUUGCCCAGUGGAAGAACCAUGGAUAACCUCAUGUAAAAAAAAUGUAGAUAAGGAUAUUUCAGACAGCUGUCUGUCUUCUUCCCAGUCACAUGGAGAUUUUAAAGGGAUGUCUUCAGCAGCAGAAAGUUGGAUAUCUGAUUCCACAGUUGUUACUUCUAAAGAUGUGCCUUCUGUUAUAGAGACAUGUCAGUCUCCCUACAGUGCAGAUACAGAUUCUAAGGGUAUCACUGAAAAAUGUUCAUCUUCAGGAAGAGAUGACAUGUCUGUAAUUAAAGCCAAGUAUUCCUCCCCUGAUACAGAUCCUACACUUGUGCAUCCAGUUUUGAAUUUAUGUCUGUCUACCUUUAAGACCAUCCUAGAUUCAACACAUGCAGAAGAUACAGGACCCGCCUCCCAGAUAGUAACAGCUUUAAAAUCUGCAUCUCCCAUUGGUUCUCCCUUUAACACUGAUAAAGAUGAAGAAUGCAUCCCUGCUGUUUGUAAAAUGCGUUCUGUUCCCAGAGCAGACAUGGUUGAGGUAAUUAAGCCUUUGUUGCAAACAAAGCAUCAUGGAGAAUGCACCACUUCGUUUAGAAAAAGACGCUCCACUUCUCAUGAUGAAUUCCCAGAAGACGCAUAUCAAGUUAAGGAUAAUUUCUUACCUUCAUGCAAGGCAGAGUCUGAUCAAAAUCAAUUCAAAACAGAUAAGAAGCACAAGUCAAGUGUUAAGGAAGUAUCUCCAGAGUCCGAUGAACAGUGCACAUCUGGUUUUAAAUCACAUGUUGAUGAAAUAUGUUCUCCUGGUGAAGAUACUAAUAAAGCUUUUGUGGAUAAGAGAAUGGAAAAGCACUUGACUUCAUUUUGCGAUGCGGAAUUACAUGAGGAACGUGUGUCUGAUGCUUGUGCUACAGAAGUGGCUGAAAAGGUGUGUGGAAAAAUACAUCCUUGUCCUACAGUAAUGAAUGAAGAACGUACAUUUUUUGUAAAUGAAAAUUCUUCCAUUCCAACACAGGCAGAAAGCAGAAAUUCAGAAAAAGAUGUGGAGCUUUCAGAUAGUGAGCUGAAUACUUCUGAGGUGCAGAACUCUGAGGAAUCAAUGUCAAGCCAUGAUAAAACAAUUGUUCCUUUGCGUUCAUAUACACUUACAGCAGAGCACAGUGAAAUUAUUUCUUCUCCAGUCCACAGCGCCAAUGAUGAGCAUAAUUCUUGUGAAAAUCGAACUAGUCGUCCAUGUCAGGUGCAAAAAGAGCUGGAACAUAUACCCCACAAUGGUCAGAUUAGUUAUCCUUAUCAAAAAGAGGUACACCUGUCUCAGACUGGGGAAAUGUAUUCUCCUUGUGCAUCUUUUGCAAAUGUGAAAGACUCAUCUCCAAAGAAGGAACAAUCAGCUGAUGAACAGUUCUCUGAAAAAUUGUGUUCCGAGAGAGAAAAUGUUUCUGAUAUUUCAUGUACGUAUCCUCCUUGUGAUCUACUGCAUCUGGAACAUUUACCCCACACUACAGAAGUAUGCCCUGCUUCUCAAGCAGUGCCCGGGGUAGAUCUUGUGCCUCCUGUUAAAGAAGACCCUUCAAUUUACCAAACUGAAUGCCGUAUUCAGCAUGAAACUCCUGUGAGAGAAUCAUAUUCUCUUCCUCCUCCUCCUCCUCCUCCUCUAGAUUCUGAAGUUUCUUGUAUUACACAGGAAUGUUCUUCCAAAGCUGUCUUUGAUUCUGCAUUUAUCACACCUGCUUCAGAAGAAAUGUUAAACACUUCAGAAUUAAACCUUAAAGAUCUAAAGUGUAAGUCACCAGUCAAUGAAAGGUCUAAAUCUAGUACUCCGUCUACAAGUAAAUCUAUGUUUGAACCAACCACAAAAGCAAAUAGAUCAAAAUCUAGGUCACCUUCUACAAACAAGAGAAUAUAUAGAACUAGACGUUCAAAAUCUAGAUCACCUCCCUUAAAGAAGCAUACAAAAUACUCCAGACAAAGAAGAUCGAACUCUACAACCCCAGCUAAAAAAGGUCGUUCAAAGUCUAGAUCUCGUUCAAAGAACAAAAAAUCAAAAUCAAGAUCACCAGCAAAAAAGAAACGUUCAAAAUCCAAAUCUCUUUCUCGAAAGAGACGGUCCAGGUCCAGGUCUCCUGUGAGGAAGAAGUCCAGGUCCCGGUCUUCUGCGAGAAAGAAAUCCAGGUCCAGGUCUCCUGCCAGGAAGAAAUCCAGGUCCCGGUCUCCUGCAAGGAAAAAGAAAUCCAAAUCAGUGUCACCUGUCAGGAUACGCUCUAAGUCAUUAUCGCCUAUAAGAAAGCGAUCAAAAUCAAGGUCUCCAGUCCGCAAGAAAAUUUCAAGGUCUAGAACUCCCAAUAAGAAAAGACGGUCUAGGUCACGGUCGCCAGCAAAAAAAAAAAGAACACGAUCACGAUCUUUGACACGUACGAGACAGUCUAAAUCGAGAUCACCCAAAAGGAAAAGAUCCAGGUCUAGAUCUACUAGAAAAAGAUAUUCUAGGUCACCUAAAAAAACUAAGCGUUCAAAGUCAAGGUCACCCACUCGAAAAAGACGCUCAAAAUCGGCUGACAAAAACAAAAGAUCAAAAUCUAGAUCUCUUUCAAGAUCUAAUAUACGUCAGAAACGCUCAAGGUCUAAAAAACGUUCACGGACUCGAUCAUUAUCUAAGCACAGAAAAAAGUCAAGAUCUGUUUCAAGGGACAGGAAAUCUAGAUCACCAGAAAGAAGGCGAAGAUCCAGCUCUCGAGACACUUUCAGGAGAGGAGGCAGAUCUCGAUACCGCAGUCGUUCCAUUGAUCGAUGGAGGAGAUCUCGAUCAUUUAACAGACGAAGGGCAGCUAGCAGGUCACCAGUGCUUUUGUUGAGACGAAGGAGAUCUGGAUCAAGGAAUCGUAGAAGUCCUAGUAAGACACCACCUCGUCUCACAGAAUUAGAUAAGGCCCAACUUCUGGAAAUUGCAAAAGCCAAUGCUGCUGCCAUGUGUGCAAAGGCUGGCAUGCCAAUACCUGAUAGUUUAAAGCCAGCUGCAAUACUACAGCUACCACUACCUCCUCCUGUUCCCCAGUUGGUAGAGGAAAAGAAGAAGGUGGUUCAAAAAGCAUCAGUCAUCACUAUACAAGAGCUAACAGAGAAAUGCAAACAAAUCGCAGAAAGUAAAGAAGAUGAAAAUGAAGUAAUAAAUAAGCCUCAUGUAUCUGAUGAUGAAGAUGAGGAACAGCCUUUCACCACACAGAAUCUGAAGCUAGGUGAAAUCAAGGGAAUCUCCUUCAGUCUCAGUAAUGCCUCAGUGAAACCUGCUGCAAAGACAGAGGUGGCGUUGACCAAGGAGUUUCCCGUGUCAUCUGGGUCUCAGCACAGGAAGAAGGAAGGGGACGGUGCCUAUGGGGAAUGGGUUCCUGUCGACAAGGGGACUGAAAAAGAAAACAAGGACAACGUCUUCUCAGACACACCUGUGCAGCCUGUGGACAUCACGCUGGCAAUGACCGAGAGAGCCAUGGCACAGAAGAGGCUGUUGGAAAAUCCUUUUGAUGUUGAUGCCAUUUGCAUGCUGAGUCGGGCACAGGAGCAGGUUGAUGCUUGGGCACAGUCCAACAACCUGCCAGGCCGCUUUACGGGCAGCACUGGUGCUCAAGUCCUGUCAUCUGAAGAGCUGUCAUCUAGCGGACCCCAAGCCUGGAUCAGAAAGGACCAGUUUCUGCGUGCUGCUCCAGUGGCUGGUGGAGUGGGCGAGUUCCUUAUGAAGAAGAUGGGCUGGCGUGAAGGCGAAGGACUUGGAAAGAACCGGGAAGGGAAUGUGGAGCCAAUCCUUAUUGACUUUAAAACGGACCGUAAAGGUUUGGUUGCUGAGGGAGAGAAGACCCAGAAAUCUGGAAGCCUUGUCGCUAUGAAAGAAAUCCUAGGGAAGCACCCUGUGUCUGCUCUGAUGGAAAUCUGCAAUAAGAGGAAGUGGUCACCCCCUGAGUUUGUCUUGGUUCAUGACAGCGGCCCCGACCAUCGUAAGAACUUCCUGUUCAAGGUGAUGAUUAACGGCAAAGAGUACAAGCCCAGCAUGGCCAGCCCUAAUAAGAAGCAUGCUAAAGCCAUGGCUGCUACUGCUGCCCUGCAGGCCAUGGGCCAGGUCUCCAGAGAUGGCAUACCCAAUGGGCCCACUUUCACCAGUGCCACAAACUAACUGCCAGGUCAAUGCGGGCGAGACGUGCCCUGCCUCUACUGUAGGUGCAGAUCGGAUUCUCUGCAGCGUCCGUUGCCCAAUGCUCACUUACUUCUCUGUAACUUAAUAGUGAACGUGUUAUUGUAUUUUAUUUUUUUUUUUUUGUGAAAUGGCAUGCCAGGGGGCACUGAAUGGCCUGCCUUGUCCUUUCCCUCUCUUUCUGGCUAACCUCUGUCAUUUGCUCCCUUAGGUGCAUGCUAGUAUUUUUAACAUGGAGAGCGACAUGGAGCCUCUUCCAGAUUUUGUUUACUGCAUUGGGAGAUUUAAGUUGAGGAGGAGGAGGAGGAGGAGGAGGACUGCUGUGCCUCUGCCAAGUGUCACCAGUUGGCUGCUGGGGUUUAUUAUUUGUUAAUCCAAUAGUACAUGUCAGUAAUGGCGACAUUUUUACAAUUCUCAAAGUGGCUUUUUAAUAUUAUCACAUUGAAAUGGAAACAAAACUAAGCGAAUGAUUAGUGAGAAGGGAAUCGGUUUUGAGAAUAUUUUUCCUUGAAGCUACUAGCAUAAGACAGGAUUGGAGUCCUGGAGGAGCUCAGCGAGAGGGAGACUGCAUCUGUUUUUGUAUAUUUUGUUAAUUUUGGAACGACAAAUGAAUAAAAUGGUUGGUUGGACCAUAAAGUUGUCAUUUUAA